AUGUUUCUUGAGUCCAUUGAUGCAAGCGACUCUUCGACUGAUUCAACCAAAAUGUACUCCUUGUUCAAGAGUACAAUAGACUCUAUUGGAGCAGAAAAUGUUGUUCAAGUUGCCACGAACAACGCCAGUGAAAAUGUUAAAGCUGGUGAUUUGAUGUAUGUUGGGAACCCGUAUAUCUAUUGGACUCCGUGUGCAGCACAUUUCAUUAAUUUGAUCUUCGGUGACAUUUUCAAGGAAAGACCCUUCAGUACAGUCUUUAAUCAUGCAAUUAGAAUGCAUUCCUAUAUUGUUCAAAUGUCUUUGUUAUUGAAUAUGAUGAAGAGAUUCACUAAAAAAAGAAGCUUGGUGAAACCUGCAAAAACAAGAUCUGCUACUGCUUUCUUGACUUUGCAUAGGAUGUAUGAGCAAAAAAGCAAUUUGAAGAAGUUGUUUGUUUCAGAUGAGUACACUAAUAAUGCCUAUGGAAAGGAAGCUCGAGGGAGAGAAUCCGCAGAUAUUAUACUUUCUCCUUCAUUCUGGAACAAUGUGGUUCAUGCAUUGAAGUUUGGUGGUCCUUUAGUUAAAGUGCUACGUUUGGUGGUUGGGAGCAAAGGCCACCAAUGGGCUACCUGUACGAAGCAAUGGAUAGGGCAAAGGAGGCUUGAACAAAGAAAAUACAAAAGAGUCUUUGAGAUCAUAUAUAAAAGGUGGGAUAGUAAACUUCAUAGCCCUUUGCAUGCAGCUGGACUUGUUUUGAACCCGGAACUAUUUAUGACAAUGAAGAGAGGAUUCUAG